AGCAUGAAUCAUAACCAGCCUUGUGAUUGAAGAAACUGAACCACUUCAUUUGUUUCUGAGCUAGGUAUGUUGAAAGCAGCAGCAAUGAGCACUCAUCUAUUUGCAUUGCUAGCAGUAAUUCUUCUGUUACUUUCAAGACCAACCAUGCCUUCUCCUGAUGAUAAGGUUUCCUGCGCGACAAUUGUGUCGAAGUUAACCUCAUGCAUCAAUUAUAUCAGUGACAAAUCAAAAGAUCCGUCAAAGACUUGCUGUGCUGGGGUCAAGGAAAUUAGUGGUUUUGUUAAAAGCAAAUCAGAUAGGAAGGAUGCAUGCGAGUGUCUUAAGAACACACUAAGCAAGAUUAAAUACGAUCCCUCUCGCAUCCCUACACUUCCCAAGAAUUGUGGGGUGUCCCUUGUUCUUCCUCCUAUUUCCAGCAGCACUGACUGCUCCACUGCGUUUGGCUAUUAAUGCAGCAGGCUAUAUAUGCUGAACUGGUGGAGCAAAUCAUGUUGCGGCAAGAAUUCUAGUACGUUAUGUAAAAGAAACGAGAAUAAAACACUGCAGCACUAUAAAAGAAGUUGAUGCCAUUUUCUCUUUGUUGCUAAUUAAUGUCAGUUUCAUACUUGUAUCCAAUAAUAAUUGAUAAGAUCAUCCACAGUGUUAUUUAUAAUGGUAUAUACUUGCACCUUUUCUGUUUCAA